AUGGCAGCUUAUGCAGCUCUGGCUUCUCUCUUGAACAAUAUUCAGCAGAUGAUGAGCGAUCCUCGUCUUUCCACUUCUUUCCACAACAAUCAGAUCCGAUCUCUUGAGGAAAAGGCUUCUUUGUUGCUUGAUUUCAUAGAGACCUAUAACUAUGUUGGUGGAGUUAGACAAGAAGCACAAGAUAUUGAAAGCCUAAUCGCAUCUGCAGCUCAUACGGCUGAGGAUAUGAUUGAAUCUCACAUCGUCAAUCAACUCCUUCCUCUUUCAGCUCAUGAUCGCGAAGCAGCUUUGAGUUUUUCUUUGUAUCAACAGAACGAAGGGGCAAUUGAAGAGAAAAAUGAAGCUGCAGUUGGAGAUGUGGGUCAAUUUCAUGGUGGAUCCAACCAAUCAAUUGAAGAACUUGCACCUCAUGUGGCUGGAGAUGGAUACUUGGACUAUCUGUGGCAGAUAAUUGAAGACAUGGAUGCUAUCAUCGAAAAGGCCAAUGAGUUGAAGGAGAAACACAGAUUCACAGAGGAGCAUUCAACACCUCCUCUUACUCUUACUCAGACCAGGGAAGAAACUGCUAUGGUGGGAUUUCGUGAUGAGUUGUUUCAGCUUCUCGACGAGCUCACCGGUCAUCGAUCCAAUCUGCAUAUCAUCUCAAUCGUGGGUAUGGGCGGCAUGGGUAAGACUACUCUUGCCAAAAAUAUUUAUACUAAUAAACUCAUCAUCGAUCGCUUUGAUAUUCGCGCUUGGGCCACCGUAUCUCAGCAAUACAAUGCUCAACAAAUCCUUGACCAACUUCUUUCUAACAAAGACAACUCCUCCGAUAAAGAUGUAGAUAAAUUAGGAGAACAAUUACACAAAACUUUAUUUGGUAGAAGAUAUUUGAUCACAUUGGAUGACAUAUGGAGUGUUGAAGCUUGGGAUGAAGUGAGGCGUUUCUUUCCCGAUAACGGAAAUGGAAGCCGGAUUGUUCUAACUACUAGGUUGUCUGAUGUGGCUAACAAUUGUGGCUCUUCUUGCUUUCGAAAGAAUCUUCUAGAUGAGAAUGAAAGUUGGGAAUUAUUCUGUAAGAAGGCAUUCCAAAAUGAAGAUUGCCCUACUGAACUUGUGGAAGUUGGAAGGAAGAUUGUUAAAUUAUGCAAAGGACUAGCAUUGUCCAUUGUUGUGAUUGGUGGGAGUCUUCUAAUGUCUCCUAGGACUCUAAGAUACUGGGAGAAUUUUGCCGAAGAUAUAGAAUCAAGUCCCAAUUCAAAAGAGAAGGAAGAAAGCUUAGAUAUAUUGUUUUCAAGUUAUAACCACUUGCCUCCUCAUCUAAAGCCUUGCUUUCUUCAUAUUGGAGUUCUCAAAAGUAUUAAUUAUGCAAACCUCAGUAUCUUCAGAAUCAUCCAACUUUGGGUUUCAGAGGGAUUUUUGAAAUCAAAUAGAGGCCAAGUUUUAGAAGAGAUUGCAGAGGAUUACUUCAAGGAUCUUAUUGAUAGAAAUCUGAUAUUAGUUAGCAAACGAAGUAAAAAUGGGAAGAUGAAAUGUUGUGAUAUUCAUGAUCUUUUAAGGGACCUAUGCUUAAAAGAAGCUGGGCAACAAGGGCUUUUUCAUGUAAUCACUGGAGGCCCUGUGCUAGGCACAGAACGUCGCCUCGUAUAUAACAAUACUUCCCGGGGUAGAGAAACCGCCAUACUUCCACUUGCACGCACUAUCAUGGAAUGUGAAUUCCACAAGGAGACUUAUAAACAUAGACUGUUGAGAGUUUUGGACAUAAAUAAUCACGGGUCAGUUAAAAAAUCAUUAAGGUGUGUUAACCUGCGCUACCUUGCUUUGCGAAACCUUGAUAACCAGGACGUUUUGAAGCUUCCUAGUUCAAUAUCCUUGGUAUGGAAUCUACAUGCUUUAAUACUUUGGAAAUUUAUGUGGAAUCUUUUGAGAGUUGUUGCACCAAUUGAAAUUUGGGAGAUGCGACAACUUAGGCACAUUGAGUGUCAUCGAAUUUAUGUUCCUCAUCCCGACAGACAAGAUGACUUGUUAGUGUUGGAAAAUUUUCAGACACUUAGGAAUGCAGUGAAUUUCAAGUUGAGUGAGGAUGUGUGCAAGAUCAUUCCCAACAUCAAGAAACUGCAUCUGGUUUAUGACCGUGAGUUGGUAGGAUACGAUGAUAGUUUGAUUGAGUGUUUGUACAAUCUUGGUCGGUUGUAUAAACUUGAAUCACUCAAGUUGUGUAGCGACAUUAGGUGGGGGCACAUGUAUGAUAAGCUGAAUGAGAUAUUCACAUUUCCCAGUUCGCUAAACAAGUUGUCCUUGACUCAUUUCUCAUUUCAUUGGGAUGAUCUGUCGGUGAUUGGCUCGUUGCCCCUACUCGAAGUUCUCAACCUAGAAGUUAACUAUGUCAGGAAGGGAAGCACGUGGAGUCCCGUUGACGGGCAAUUUCAACGCCUCAAGUUCUUGAAAAUCGAGUUCUGUGAUCUGACAUGUUGGAAUGCAGACAGCUGUCAUUUCCCAAUUCUGGAGAAGCUUGUUCUUUGUGGUCUUAAGUUGGAAGAGAUCCCAUGGGGUAUCGGUGAGAUAUCAACACUCAAACUUAUUCGUGUGAAUUGUUGCAGUAAGUCUGCCGCGAUUUCAGCUUUGAAAAUAAAAGCCGAGCAGCUCGAGUGUGAGGACAAUGAUGACCUUCAAAUCCAAGUUGAUGUGCUUAAUACUGAAUGGAGUAGCUUCAUGGCUAUGGUGGAAACAGAGGGCUUCACAUUACUCAAUAAUGUUCAAUGUAAUGUAUUUCCUUUUUUCGGCAUUUCGUUUUCCUGA